UUCUUCAAAGAAAAGAAGUUAUUGACUUCAGCGGAGCACAGCACCGACUUCUUUGUUAUUUGGACAGAGAGGGGUCGGCAUUCAUGGUUUCCUCCAUGUUUUCUCCUUUCUCCAAGCUUAUGAGAAAGUGUUGAAAUCAUGGAGGACAGUGGGAAUACUUCCGAUGAAUCAACUAGCAGUUCCAAACGGCAGAAGAUUUCCGGUGAUAGCGGUAACACCGAUGAAGGGCUUGACCGGAUUAGCGUUUUGCCGGACUCCGUCCUCCUCUACAUCCUUUCCCUGUUACCGACGAAGGAAGCUAUAAAGACAGGCAUCCUGUCGAAAAGAUGGGCAUACCUCUGGACUUCCGUCCCCAAUCUUGAUUUCAGUGAUCCUAACUUCGAGGAGAGUGAAGACGAGGAUGGGUUUGUCAACUUCGUCGAUCGCACUCUAAUUCUUUAUGGGGGUUCAAGAAUCAAAAGGUUUCGUGUGGUUUUUGAAUACAGAGAAUGGUUUGCUUCUCGUGUUGAUUUGUGGAUUCGAUUUGCGGCAAGAAAGAACGUGGAAGAGCUCAUCCUUGAAUUCGCCGAAGGAGAUAACUUAGACCCUUUGGAUGGUGAUCCUUACUUGUUACCUCAGCAUGUUUUGACCAACGGGUCAGUGACAAAUUUGAGCUUCAGCUUCUGCCGAAUCAACCCUCAUGGGUCGAUUUCUUGGAGAUCACUAAAAAGCUUAUCUCUGUCAUAUAUGCCUUUGAAUGAUAAUCUGGUUCAUGAUAUUAUAACAGGCAGUCCAUCACUCGAGGUCUUGGAUCUCUAUGAAUGCUGUGGUCUGAGAAAACUCAAUAUUACAUCGGAAAACCUCAAAAAGCUGACGUUGCGUGACUAUUACAGCUCAUCUGAUUUGAACUCUGCGCUGGAAAUUUCUGCUCCCAAUAUUCAGUCGUUGAGUAUUCUUGGGAUCCUAAAUAGGAGGUGCCAUCUUAUGAAUAUGCCCUCUCUAAUUGAUGCUACCCUCCAGUUUCAAAUAAUGAUAGACAACAUUCUGGACGAGUAUAACGUCUAUGAAGGUUACCACAACAUUUUGAGAGUGAUUCUUGAGACUCUUCAGCAUGUUAAGGUUCUCAGAAUAGGCAUUUGGUGCAUUCAGGUGCUGUCAAUAUGGGAGAUGAAAAUCCUGCCCUCUCCAUCUUCUAAGCGCAAACUUCUGAUGCUAGAUACGAGUCUUGACAAAUGGGAACUCCCUGGAAUAGCAAAUUUACUAAGAAGUUCCCCUGAUCUUGAGGCACUUGUUGUGAAUAUGACGGCCUCCUCUUUCAUCAACCAGUUUCAUUUUGAAGCCGAUUUUCUGGAUUCAUACAAUUUUGAUGGAGAACGCUACUGGAGUUCACAGAAUUUGUUUCUUCAUUGUCUAAUGCACAACCUCAAGACUGUCAAGAUAAAUGGCUUUACAGGAGGGUGUCAUGAAAUUGAGCUAGUGCAGUUUAUUCUUAAGAAUGCAAUGGUGUUGGAGAAGAUGGUCAUUUACACCCCAAGAUAUGCACACCUUAACUGGAGGAAGCGUUUCUCACCAGAGGAGUUAUUGGAAAUUGCUCAAAAGAUGUUGAGCUUCCAAAGAGCCUCUCCUCGUGCAGUAAUUUUGUUCUCUUAGAAAAUUGAGGUUUUAUACAAGUAAUUAUACCUGGUUUAUCCAGUUAUUGUUAAUAAUACUUCCUUCUAGUUUUUGUUUUCUUUGUGGUUGGAUGUAAUUUUGUGAUGCCUAAGCCUUUUUUCCAAUUGUUAAAAAUUUAACUUCGUUUUUGGCUAGGGAGAAAGAAAACACUACAUUAAACAGGGUAGAACAGCCCCAAAGCCAAAGGUCACCCAAUUCUACCCUGUUUAGUGUAGUUUUCCACUGCCUGAUCUAACUUGGGUGAGCUUUGGUUUUGGGGUUGUUCUACCCUGUUUAAUGUAGUUUUUUCUUGCUUUCUCUCCAAAAACAAAAAGGAACUGGAGUCUAGGACAUAAGCAAUCAAGUCGGCAACUUUGUGAUGUUCAA